AUGGAUCCACAUAAAAAUUAUUCGAUAUGGCUUCACCUUGCUGAGAUUGAUCCCAGAAUAUCAAGUGAAGGACAAAGGAUCUUCGAUAUAUUGAUAAAUGGUGAUAUUGCUUUAAAAAAUGUUAAUAUUAUUCAUAGUACUGGGGAACAUAAUACAGCUCUUGUGCUGAAUAGAACUAUUGUGGUGAGUGGGAAAACUCUGAAUGUUACCUUGCGCCCUUCAAGGGGAAGUCAUGCCAUCAUCGCAAUUGAAGUUUUUGAGGUCAUUGCAGCAGAGCUCAGAACUUCAUCUGAAGAAGUUAAAACUUUGCUAGUGUUGAAGAACUCUUUGGGGCUUCCACUCCGUCUUGGCUGGAAUGGUGAUCCAUGUGUUCCCCGGCAACAUCCUUGGAGUGGAGUGGACUGCCAGUUCGACAGAGUUAGUGGCAAAUGGAACAUAGAUGGAUUAGGUUUAGAGUCUUUAGACAACCAAGGUCUAAGAGGUCUCUUGCCAGAAGACAUAUCUAAGCUGCAUCAUUUGCAAAGCAUAAACUUGAGCGGGAACAGUAUACAAGGGCAAAUUCCCCAUUCUCUUGGUACUAUAAGUGGGUUGCAGGAAUUGAAUCUAAAUGGAAAUUCUUCGUCUGGAAGAGUUCCUGCUGCUCUUGGAGGAAGGCCUCUACAUGGAGCUAGUUUCAAACAAGUUAAGAUCUUACGAGAAUUAACGAGUUUGGUUGAAACCCAUGGUGAGGAAACAUCAGAACUAAGGCAACAAGCUUAUGUAGCAGCAAGGGGUUUAGAGACUCGUGGUAGAGUUCGUGGUUAUGGAAGAGGGGUGACGCCAGAAAUGAUUCCUUGUGUGGCACAAACUCAGCCAACAUCUUCAUCAUUUCGAUCACGUACUGAGCGAGCAUAUGCUAAUUUACAAUCUCAAUAUUCAGAAAUUGAGGAAAAGUAUGAGCGACAGCAAAAGGAGUUGGAUGAGUUGAAACAGAUGAUCACUUCAGGGAACGCACAUCCGCAUCAACAAUCUUCCUCCUAA